CGGUGCUGCUUUGGGCUGUGCCACCCCCGAGCCGUGUCCCCUCCCCAGCCAUGUCCUUCACGGACAGCACCGACAGCGGCUCCGACAGACCCGUGUCCGUCCUUUGGGGGUGCGAGCUGAGCAGCGCCAGGAGCUCCUGCACCUUCCAAGUGACCGAGGAUUGGCACUGCGAGCAGCAGCUGGUGCUGCGCACGGUGUGCCUGGGGGAGGCGGCCCGGGAUGAGUUCCACGUGCUCGAGGUGGCGGCCGAGGGCGGCGACAGCCGCGCCCCGCUGCCGCUGGCCACGCUCAAACCCUCCGUGCUGCCCAUGGCCUCGCUGGCCGGAAUGGAGCUGAACCCCCCGGUGACCCUGCGCCUGCGAGCCGGCUCGGGGCCCCUCUUUGUCAGCGGCCAGCACGUGUCCCUCUUGGACCUGAGCUCGGAUGAGGAUUCUGAUGAUGAUGAGGAGGAGGAAGAAGAGGAAGCAGCAGUGCAAGCCCCCAAGAAGCCCCCAAAGGGCUCAGGUGCCCAGAAGGGCAGAACAACCAAGAAAAGGAAGUGGGAGAAGGAGGAGGAGCCCAGGAACAGCCUCGUCCCUGCACGUGCCCCCCCAGCCAAGGGACGCGGGGCCGGCCGGGGCAGGAAAAGAGCAGCAAAAAAAUGAUGGAAUUGGGGAAUUCUGGGAAUUCCAUCCAGGUGUCUGGAAGCAGCAGCAGCUGCUGGUGGUGGUGGUGUCGUUCCCUAUUAAAUAAAGCACAUUUUGCACUCCUGGA